AUGCCCUUCUUCAAACUUAUGAAGAAAGGAACUCCCUUCAAAUGGGAGUCAGAAUGCAAAGACGCAUUCCAAGACUUCAAGAAAGUACUAGCAGAACCCCCCAUUUUGGCUAAACCCCAAACAGGAGAGGUCCUCUACAUAUACCUGUCUAUAACGGAAGAAGCACUUGUGGCAGCACUCGUCCGAGAAGAUGAGAACAAGGCCCAGUGGCCUAUCUACUUCAUAAGCAAAGUCUUCCAAGACACGGAGUCACGCUACUCUCGCUUCGAGAAACUCGCCUUCACACUCCUCACAGCCUCCCGACGCCUUCGCCAAUACUUCCAGGCUCACCCCAUUACGAUCCGAACUGACCAAGCGGCCCUGACAGACUUCAUCGCCGAGAUGACUCUGGGAUACCCCGCCGCCGAAACCUGGAAGCUGCACGUGGACGGCUCAUCUAACACCACUUCCGGCGGAGUCGGGGUGAUACUUGAAAACCAAAACAGGAUCGUGAUCAAACAAUCCGUUCCAUACGAGUUCCCGAUCUCAAACAAACAAGCAGAGUACAAGGCUCUCUUGGCCGGACUAACACUAGCCAAAGAGGUCGGCGCCAAAAUCUUAAAGGUAUGCAGCGACUCCCAGGUAGUCAGCUCCCAAAUCAACGGGGACUACCAGACACGAGAUCCCCUGCUUCAACAAUACCUUGCCAAAGUAAACAAGCUAACUGAAGAAUUUGAUCAUUUAACAAUCCAACACGUCCCCAGGAAACGAAACGCAAGGAUAGAUCUACUCUCAAAACUGGCUAGCACCAAGCCAGGACAAGGAAAUAGGUCGCUAAUUCAGGAAGUCGUCAGAACUUCCUCUGUUUCAACCACAACCGACACCGGCCUACCAAUCUCUGACCAGGAGUCAUGGACCUCCCCCAUACUACAGUACCUCCUUAACGGAGUACUACCCGAGGAUCCCAAAGAAGCAAAACAGAUAAAAAGGGAAGCCGCCAACUACACCAUUGUGACGGGACAACUGUACAAACGGGGAUUCUCGCAGCCCCUACUUAAGUGCGUUGAACCCGAGGACACGGAAUACAUACUCCGCGAAAUCCACGAAGGUUGUUGCAGUCACCACAUCGAGGGCAAAACCUUGGCCCAUAAAGUUAUCCGGGCUGGAUACUUCUGGCCCUCAGUUAUCAAGGACUCCAUGCGAAUGGUGAAAAAAUGCAGCAAAUGCCAGAUGCACACCGACUUCCACCAAGCCGCCCCACACCAGCUCAACAUCAUAACGGCAGACCGGGCGUUCAGAACAUGGGGCAUCGACCUCGUCAGCCCCUUUCCUACGACACCCGAACAGAUCCGAUAUCUCAUCAUUGCCAUCGACUACUACACCAAAUGGAUCGAGGCCGAACUACUGCCUCCAUCAUGGUAA